AGAAGAGCAAGGAACACUUUUAACAUUUGAUUACUUUUUCAUCAAGUGUACCAAAGAUGGGAACCUACUGCUUCUACUUACAUUUGGAAGUCUACUCAUGCACCUGUUAUUGAGGAAAACCAUCUGUGUGUAAGAUUGAACAAAGUUGCUGUGAUGAAGUCCGAUACUCUGAUUCAUUUGGAGAAUAACAGAGGAACAGACGACAGGAGCAGAUCGAACCGUGCAGACUCGCCUCAGACCAGUUUACCAGACGGACAGAACGCAGACCUGCUGCAGUGUCAGGAGACCAGUGAACACAGCUCUUCUAUAAAGUACAGAAGAUAUGGGUCUCGUCUGGGUGGGGUCAAAGCUCGCCACAAGAGACAGGUGCUGCAAGAUAUGGCUCGGCCCCUGAAACAUUGGCUGUACAAACACAGAGACAACCCUUACCCUACCAAGACCGAGAAGGUCCUGCUGGCUUUGGGCUCACAUAUGACGCUAGUACAGGUUUCAAACUGGUUCGCAAAUGCCCGGCGGAGGCUGAAGAACACAGUGAGACAGCCAGACCUGAGCUGGGCCCUGAGGAUCAAGUUUUAUAAUAAAUACAUCCAGGGGAAUGCUGAAAGACUGAGUGUGUGCAGUGAUGACACUGUGUCUGAUGAUGAAGAGUGCCCCUUACAAACGCCCACCAGCCAGUCAAACUUUGGCAGGUCAUCUUCUCAUAAGAGCAUUCUGGAGAAGCAGGGCAGUGUUCUCGCAGUGGCUGACUCCGCCAACAUUGAUGACGGUGCAUCGCCCCCGUCCAAGUACAAGAGCAGUUUACUGAAUCGGUAUCUGAACGACACCCUGCGGCACAUGAUGGUGACAAAGGUCGAUGGCAUCGCAAGGAGGAGCCACUCUGAGUCAUUCAGCUCCAACGAAUGCGACAGAGACGUUGUCUCUCCGGCUUCAUCCUAUGAAACUGAGGCCAACUUUGUCUGCCACAUGGAUACAGUGGACUAUAACUCAAACAAACAUGACAGGAAGCAGCAGCAGCACAACUGGGGCAAACAGAGACCAGGGGACCAGGACUGGAGGGAGAUCCACGCCGCUGUGGCUCUGACCAACUUGGCCCACGGGCAGAGCCACGCGGGGGACCAGAGCAGUGUUACGGUUCCCGGUGCUGCCAUGUUACAGAGCUGCACCAGAGAGCCCUUCUCCGUGGGGACCACAGUCAGAGACAGGGUGUGUGUUACAGGGCCUGUGUCUGCCCUGAGACUGAGCUGCACCGCAGGGUCCACUCUCACCAGCCGCAUCAUCCAGAAGUCCUCUCAUAUCUCUGAGGUCCAGACUGUUAAAGUGGCGCUGGCAAACAGCGUGUAGGCAUUAAACAUAGGCGUCUGGUCUAAGCACAUUGUUCCAUAUAGGAAUACCAGAUGUUUAAGUGCCUUGCGAUAUAUGCACAGCCUUUGAGGCUAUUAUUUUAAUGCUGAUCAACUUUGACAUUUUCAAUCAUUUUUACAGUGUAAUUGGAAAACCUAACUGCUCUUUCUCCUGUUUCUCCCCCUGUUUCUAAUGUUCUCCCAUUGCAGUAAGAUAUAUUAACUUCCAUGAGACUGGAUUAUCAUCCAAUGCUAAU